UUUGCAAUGUUGAGCCAUGCCAUCCUUUGGUUUCUUCCAAAGCUGCUGAAGUUUGCCUGGUUGGUUUCCUUGUGUGAAGGGCAGACUUCAUGGUGCCAGGCAGAGCCUGGUAGUUGUUUGGGAAGUCAGCAAAGUUACAAGGAACCCAUCGAAAUUCAGCUGGUUCAUGAAGUUCCUAGGAUUCGUCACAUCGUCAAAUUUUUGGAUUGGGAUGGAGAUGGCGAUCUGGACUUUGUGGCAACGUAUUGGGACGACAAGGAUUACAAAAAGAGGCGGUUGCGCCUCGGAUUCUUUGAGCGACAGAAUGACGCUUUCAAAAUGCACAACUUGGUGGAGGAGUACAUGGAGGCCAUGGAUACUGCUGACAAUGGUGAAGAUGCGCUAGAAUUUGAGGUAACUGAUUGGGACGGCGAUGGCGAAGAGGAUCUGGUAUUGGCCAAAUAUGUGAAAACAACCCACCUGAACGCAGACCUUUUUCUGAGCUGGGCCAAUCGAACAACGGCAAUGGGCAAUGGCGAAGUCAGACCAAUCACAAUGAUACUCAAAAAACCUGUAGAUUUUCACAUGUUGCUUAUGGUUGAGGACAUGCAUCUAUGGCCGGAACCUCCAGGCGUUAUCAUCGCAACUCCGUGGUGCAUGAGAGCUGUAGAUUGGGACCUCGACAGGGACACUGACUUGUUUUUUCAAGCAAGAUAUUUCGAGCGAGUUGAUCCAGAUACCGUCGUUGAGCGUGUUGGAGAUCAAAACCCUUUAAGCAACGUGGCCAUCAAGGAUUUGGACUGCAAAUUUUUGCACAUUGCUGAUGAGGAUGGCGAUGGAUACUUGGAAAUGGUGACGCCAGGCUUGAAACAGCAAGCGGAACCAGAGAGCCAGUCGGAAGGUGGAUCAGUACUCUUAACCAGCGUCGCAUUUAAAUAUCGAUCUUCCUUGCGGUACUUCCGACGUACAAUGGAUGGAACCUUCGUUGAGCAAAUCGAACACCCGUUCCAAAACCUUUGGGUCGAGCAUGAUAUUGCUUUCUUAACCUUCGGUAACGAGAAAAUACUUUUUAUAGCUGACUGGAACUCAGAUGGGCUGCCUGACCUGUUGGCUUGGGGUGGUCAACAGAAGGGAGGAUUGGUCACAUGGUAUGAACGUGCUCAAGACAAUACCCAAAUGGCUGAGGACCACACCGCUCUGUACGACGACAUCAAUGUUGAUAAGAGUUGCAAGGAAAUACAUCUUUUCGAUUGGAAUGGCGAUGGCUUCUUAGAUGUAUUGACAUACUGCAGAGGUCAAUUUCAAUUGUACCAGUUCGACGGCCAGAAUUUCUUGGAAGUUUUUGGGUUUUUUGACAAUAUCACAUCUGUCCACAACUACAGAUUCUUUCACCAAUCUUGCGGUAUAGCAAUCUCUGAUUGGGACGGUGAUGGUGACCUUGAUGUGAUUGUCGCUUCAGACUCCGAUGGACGUGUGUACUAUCAUGAGAUGAUGGAUGGAUUAUUCCACGAGAAAUCAUCGCAACAUUCAUUCUCGAACAUACAAUUGAUCCUGGAGACAACAAAAAAUCAGGAACAAGCUCCCCAGCCCCUUGCAGUAGACUGGGACAACGACGGAGAUCUUGAUUUGAUUCUGGGCGCUCCGGACUAUCGUUAUUUUGAACGGCUGGACAAUGGCAGCCUGUCAGAGUGGCCCCGGGAAGAUAGCCCCUUUCUCUCUCUGAGCGUUGGUUUUGAAGAUUUCUUUCAAAAGAAGCAAGGUGCUUGGCGACUCAUCGAUUGUGAUCUUGAUGGUGAUUUGGACUUGGUCCAACUUGUUCGAACUUAUUCCCGAGGCCCCAUGUCUUUUCGUAUCUGUGAGCAUACAGAAGAUCAUACCUUGCGAUGUGACAACAAUCUUUUGUGCCUGGGAACUAACAUGAGCAAUUUUCAUCCGGAAGGUGGACAAUUGGCCAAACAUGGUCCUGUGUCUGGCUGGGAUUUUGUCACCAAAAACGGGCAGCUGGAAAUACUUACAGUCCAUGAAGAUAAGAUCGUGCAUUGGAGAGCUGGGGCUUGUUCACCAAGCGAUCCAUGCCAUGAGAAAGGCAUUUGCAUGCGUGGGAAGGCCAGAUGCAGUUGUACUGCUGGCUUUGAACUUGCCGAUUGUUCUGGCUGUCAACAGUAUUUCUAUUCAGUAGACAUGUCAUGGGGCAACCCUCAUGGGUGCCGGGCAUGCCCGGGUGAAGGUGGUAAGGUGUGCCAUGAUCGAGGUCGGUGUUUUGAUGACUUAGCCGCCAGGAAUGUUUCCCAGAUGGCGACUGCUGCACAGAUGGCAAGGGGCAGCGGUUCAUGCCUUUGUUCUGAAGCCAGUUUCUACGGGAUGGAUGAGCAAGGCCGAAGCACUUGUGCGGAAGGUACUUGUCCGGCUGGUACAGAAGAGAAGGAUGGAAUCUGUAGGUCUUGCCCAGCAGGCACUUACUCUCUUGCUGGAGGUAUUUGCAAGAAAUGUGGCCCUGGCACAAAGUCUUCAGAAUCAAGCAGCAGCUGUUUGAAAUGCUCUCCAGGAGGAAUUUCUCAGGGCUCUGGCAAUACGGUUUGUGAAGAAUGUCCGGCUGGAAAAUACGAAAUCAGCCGCCAGUGGUGCAAUGAUUGUCCCCCUGGUUCUCUUUCAUCUUCUGGAAGUAACGCUUGCACCAAAUGCCCGGGAGGUUUCUUUGCUGCUGUGCAAGGCAGCAGCAUGUGCGACUCAUGCCCGAGUGGAACAUAUGCCGAAGAGGGCAGUUCCAAGUGCGUUGUGUGUCCUGCAGGCACAAUUUCAGGCGGCGGGAGUGGGAACUGUAGCCACUGCGCUGCCGGCUAUUUUGCCAAAGACUCAAUGGCGUGUGAAGCCUGUCGAGGUGGAACUUUCUCCCUGGGAGGAAGCUGUCGCAACUGUCCUCCAGGCCAUGUCUCGGGCCCUGCAAGCGCAAUUUGCUCGAGCUGCGAUAGUUUUCUGAUCCGAAGUACUCCUGACCCUGCAAAACAAACGUGUCAUAUUUCUGGACUGGACGUGGUUCUUGCCGGAAUCUGUUGGAUGACCUCGGCUGGUUGCUGCUUUUUGUUUUUCAUUGGCUUUUGUGGCGAGGUUCCCAUUGCAGACAUUAGCGAGCAGGGACGAAAGGUUGUGGUGACCACAACAAUUGCUCACCAGUUUGUCAAAUCCAGGAAAGGCAGAGAAGUCACCUUUCACAACACCAGGGUGCCGGAUUUAGAAAAGGGGCCCUGGAAAGUGAGCGCCUCAAGUUCUUUCCAGCUGAUACUGCAUGUGGAUGUGGACCAGAUGGAGAAUCCCUUGGACACUUCCAUGGGAACUUUACGCCUGAAGUUUCCCCGUGGAUUUCUAGCUACUGGAUUCUUGCAUUGCCCUACCAUUUGUUGGUGUUUGUUGUCCUUGGCUGCAACCGUGGCAAUCAUGAGCCAGCUCACCUGGUCUUUGACUCUACUUCUCUGUGUUUUGGGCAUCCUUUCAGGGGCUGCAGCCUUUGCAUGUCGAUGGAGGAAUCGGUCGCCGUUGGCGAAACGUCUCCGGCAGUUCCUGAAGGAGUGGCCAUUGCAACUGCAGAGCUGCCCUCGAGGGCCCGAGAGAUCCGUCACCGUGGGGAAGUUGCAGGAUUUUUUGCAGUUCUUCGAUAGUUUCAUCAAGGAGCGUUGCAUGUACUACGUCUGUGACAACAUUGUCAAGCCACUCACUGCACCGUCCCAACUGUCCUGGGCAGAAAUGGUGGGUCCCAGCCCGAUGGAGUGGUUUGUGAGUCAUUACUGGGGCAUGGCUGCAAGACACCUGGUUGAAGCUAUCCGAAAACAUGCGCAGUCUGCACCCAACUGGCGAGACACUGCAUAUUGGAUCUGUACUUUCAGCAACAGCCAAUGGCAUGUGAAAGCAGAGCUGGGCGAUGGACAAUGGCAGGAGUCUUCCUUCUACAAGGCACUGCAAAGCCCCAUGUGCAAAGGCACCGUGAUGAUCAUUGACGAGAAGGUGUGGCCGUUGCAACGUAUCUGGUGCCUCUUUGAAUUGUAUCACACCAUCCGACUGACUUCCAGUAGUCACUUCCAAGGCUCUGCACCUCCACUGGUGUGCUGCAGGAGGGCCAGGCAGGCACCGACGUGGCCAUGGCCGUGGCCAGCACCGCGGCCGACCUGGACACCCGUGCGGCCAAGGCGACCUCGGAGGCCGACCGACAGAUGAUCCAUGCGUUGAUUGAAGCCAUGCCCGGUGGAUUCGCUGCCAUGAACAGUUUUGUGCGUGAGACAAUUUGCCAUGCGCUCGAAGCUUCGAAUACUCAUUAUGAGAAAACCUUCAAAGCUUUGGUUGCGGAGUUGACAGCAAGCAUUGCCAACAAUGCUGAGAAUAAACCGCUCCCGACGCUUCUCACCAGUGUGCGGGAGGAACAUAGCGAAGGGUCCAAAAAACUAUCCAAGUGCGAGACCGAAAAAGCUCCAGCUUUGAGGGCGAAGAAGUGCGAUGGUGAAAAGAAGGCUUAGUGCUCCAGAGAGUUGCGCGGGGCCAAAAGAGCUCCAGAGAUUUUAAGUUUGCCUGUUGAAGCCAUGAGAUGCAAGCAGACAUUUCGGCAUUUGGGGAAGAAUGAA